CGGCCGUCCCGUCAGUCAUUUGGAGUUUACCCCCUGACUGCCCACAAUGCCGGAACCCGCAAAGACCGCGCCCAAGAAGGGCUCAAAGAAAGCCGUCACUAAGUCUGCAAGUAAGCCCGGUAAGAAGAGGAAGAGAACCAGGAAGGAGAGCUACGCAAUCUAUGUGUACAAGGUGCUGAAACAGGUGCAUCCCGACACCGGCAUCUCAUCUAAGGCGAUGAGCAUCAUGAAUUCGUUCGUCAACGACAUCUUCGAGCGAAUCGCCUCUGAAGCUUCUCGCCUGGCUCAUUACAACAAACGUUCAACCAUCACCUCCAGGGAGAUUCAGACCGCCGUGCGCCUUCUUCUGCCCGGUGAGCUGGCCAAGCACGCCGUUUCCGAAGGCACAAAGGCCGUUACCAAGUACACCAGUUCUAAGUAGUCGGCUGCUCUUCCAUUAGUCUCAAUACAACCCAAAGGCUCUUUUCAGAGCCACGCACAUCCCCGCUUGAGAGUGAACAUUUUUGGUGGCAACCUUGACACAUAUAACACUAUCAAUGUGCUAAGUAAAAUUUAAAAGAUACUCUGCUUACCUCGAAUGAAAUGUACAAAAUAUUUACUGCCAGUCACAAUUAUGAAUAACAUUAGUGUCUUUUUUUCUGCACAAUGAGAUUGCUGAUUCUGAAAUGUAUCUUCAAGCAUGUUUACCCCUGCCCCAACCUUGGAUUAAUGUAAUUAUUGGUCUGAUACUGUAUUUUGGUCCUGGAGCCAGCAUCGUCGAUUUUUCUGUUUCACGGGAAUUGAGGAUGUGUGCACCAAUGACCUUUACGUGCUUUUGUGAUAUUUCACGUUAUGUUAUUACACUAUUAAAAGCCGGGGCAGAAUUGGGGCAUUUUAUUGGCAAGUAUAAAAUGCUAGCCCGACACCCCAGGCAUAUUGUCAAUGGUUUUUUUUGUUUUUCUCUCCAAGGGCACAGUGAUGAGAAAAAAUGCCCCAGGCGUUACUCAGGAGCAACUGCACAAAAAUGUAAUAAAAUUCUUCCUUUCAUUGAA